UCUUUCUAGUGUGCGAUUGGAACGCUAUUUUGAACACAGCCAUCCAGCCGGUCCAUGUGAGUUAACUGGAGAGGAUAGCCAAGUGAAGGGUCCUUUUGUAUUCUGAGGCUGGAUGCAUUCUCCAUUGCUUAGGACAGCAUGAAUGUGCUAAGAUCACACGAGAUGUUGAGGCUCGCUGCCUCCAUUGGCCGAUUCGCCGUACGUUCACAGAUCAGGACUGGCGUCAGGAAGCACCUCUGCAGCAAUGAAUGUCCACUGGGCUCCAGCAGAACAUCGCCCAGCUUCACCUUCAGCAGCGUUCGAUAUCUCUGUCAGCAGGAGGCACAGACUCCCACUUUUAAGGAAGGACCCGACGAGCAUCUUGGUCUUCAGGUUCCUGCCUUGAUGAGCUCCUGGAGUGAAGAAACCCCAAAAAAGGAGGUCAGAUCGACGUUCUACCCGAAGCUCCAGGAGUGCCGCUCGCCGACAGACGUGUUGGACCUGGUCGAUCAGUGCAACCUGGCUCACUGGAGCAUCAGCAGUGGGUUGACGCGCAUGUGGCAGACCACUAAGAAGAUGUCGGACGAACAGAGGCGCUGCGAGCUCAGGCUCAUGGCUGAACACCCGACCUUCGAGAGGCUGUGCCACAGGGCCAGGACAAAUGCACCACGCAUGCUGAGCCACGACCUGGCUUUCACCCUGCUGGCACUGGUCAAACUGGGCGUGUCUCAGGGCAGCUUUGUCGUGCAGACUGUGCUUCGCGUCAUUCAGGAACGUCUGAACGACUUUGAGGACGAGAAGGCCCUCUCGAUUUUGGCCGCCUGCCUCGCGGAGAUGGAGCCUAGCAAAAACGCAGAAGCGCUCAAAGAGGGUUUGAAGCUCGUCCUGGAGGACCGGAUUCCCACCAUCCAGAGCGUGAUGCUCCUCCACACCAUGAUGCGCCUGUUCGGGAAAGAAGCUUCGCCGGCCGUCAAGCAGAAGCUGGAGGCGAAGGCGCUGUCCAUGACCGACACCUUCAGUCUUCCUAAUGCGCAGUACAUGCUGGACACGCUCGCCACCAUGCGCCUGAACUCCAAGCCGCUGCUGGACACCUGCAGCAAGAAACUAGCGGAGAACGUCCACAGCAUCCCCUUCACCAGGCUGAUGGCGCUGCUGAAGGCCUGCCGCGAACUCCGCUACCGGAACCUCUCUCUGUUCACGUCCAUCUCCGACUACCUGGCCAGCACGCUGCCCAUGUGGUCCAACAAGCAGAUGCUGCUCAUUCUGUUGGAGUUCAAGGGCCUGAGGUUUCGUCCCGUCGCUCUGCUGGACGCCUUCGCCGAGAGAGUCAUCCAGAAGCCGGACAGCCUCACGCUGCGAGACCUGCUGGGCGUCCUCAAAUCCUACUCCUUCCUUAACCACCACCUGAAGGAGAAUCAUCAGGAGUUCCUGAGGAGCGUGACGCAGGUCCUGGAGUCCUAUCUGUCCAAGAUGUCCGGCAUGGAGCUGCUGAGGGCCGUCAGCUGUCUGUGCGUGUUUGGCCACUUUCCUCAGGCCCCUCUGGAGAAGAUGCUUCAGGAGGAGACUCUGAAUGAGCUGCUGCAGAAAGGCGGUCCGGUGUACGCACGAGUGGAACGGAUGCUGCACACACUUGACCUGUGUGUACGCCUGGACGAACCCCCUCUUCCCCCCUCGGCCUCGCCCAUCCCACCCCUGCACCGUUCCCUCUCUCCACACGAGCUGCCCGCGAACCCUGCGCUGAUCGGCGCCCUGAAGGGCUUGGUGGGCGAAGACGCUGUGACCGAAUCCGUCAUCAGAGAGGGAAUUUAUUUCAUCGACUGUGUGAUCACCGUGCCUCCUAAAACUAAAGAGAGCUCCAGCCUUCACGAGGAACAACGUGGACCAUCAGAAGAACCCACGAGGAUAGCGGUGCUCUGUGUUUCCCCGUCCUCUUUUUGCUUCGGUACGACCCAUCCAUGCGGCGCUCUGGCACUAAAAAUCCGCCACCUCAAGCUCCUGGGCUACAAUCCAGUCCUGAUGCCACUGCAGGAGCUGGAUAACCAGACUGGUGAAGAGAGGAUGAACAUGUUGAAGAAAUGUGUCCUUCCGGAUCAGGAAGGUUGCAGGACGGAAAAUGUGAUGGAAAACGGUUCAGGACUGUGAAAUAGAUGCUGAUUUUCAUUAAAAUGGUUUACCGUGUAUCUUUAA